AUGACAACUUUCAGCAGUUUUCCCUCUAUUUUUGUGCCUUUAGUAGGCCUAGUAUUUCCGGCAAUUGCAAUGGCUUCUUUAUCUUUGUAUGUUCAAAAAACUAAGAUUUUUUAG